AACGUUGAAGGUGCGUCUGUUAGGGUGUAUUUUAAGGGUUUAGUGAGUGAAGAGACUGUGAGAGGUGAGAAGGUUUUGUUGGCUGGGAUUGGUGUUGCGGUUUGUGAUUUGACUGAUAAUUUGAUUUUUGAAGUUUCUAAAUCUGUGGUUGGGAAUGGAACUAGUAAAAUUGUUGUGGAGCUUAAGGCUUUGAUUGAAGCUUUCAAUGCUGUUAUUGCUUUGGAUUUGACGCGUGUUAGUUAUUAUGGUGAUUACUAUCCACUUUUCCAAUUUUUAAGUGGAAUAUGGCCUGCGAAACAGCCGAAGAUUGGUAUGCUAGUUAAUCAGGUGAAUCUGCUCCAAAGAAAAUUUGAAUACUGCAGUCCAAGGCUUGUGGCAAGACAUGAUCUGAAAUUUGCAUUAAAGCUUGCAAGAGAUGCAAUUGUUUCUCAGUCCAAUAGGCCUGCUGAAUCUAGCAGUGUAAACAGUCUGAAUGAAACUUGUGUCAUUUGUUUGGAGGAUACUGAUCAUAGUCAAAUAUUUUCAGUUGAUGCAUGUCAGCACAUGUAUUGCUUUUCUUGCAUGAAGCAACAAGUGGAGGUGAAGUUGCUUCAUGGAAUGGUGCCAAAAUGCCCUCACGAGGGAUGCAAGAAUGAACUUCUAAUUGACAGUUGCCGGAAAUUCUUGACUUCUAAAUUAAUUGAAACCUGCAACAAACAACAAAGUUAG